GGGCGGACAGACGGACGGACGGACGGACAGCAGGAGGACUUUAAAGAGCUCGGAGCGUCUCUAACGGGACAUUUGACAGCUGAGAGGACCGGGACUCGUUCAGGUCCGUUCGGACAUUUCUGUCAGCCUCUUCUCCUCGUCGGAUGGAGCUGUAACAAUUCCUCCACACACUGCACCGCCCGCCCGCCCGCCGCCGGGACUGAAGCUGCGCGCUGCUCGGAUCCCUCUGCCGGUGCCGUCCCCUCCGUCCCCUCCGUCCUCUCUGUCUCCCAGCAGGCCGCCGUCUCCUCCGUGACUCUCUGUUCCCAUGCGAUUCUUCAGACUCACAUUCAAGUGUUUCGUGGAUUGUUUUUGAAGGUCGCUGUCCGGUUGUCGGUGUAAUUCCCUUUCUUUUUUAUUUUCACAUUUUUUAGUUUGUAAUUUUCUCUUAUUUUCGAUCCGAGAGAGAAAUGUCUCCAGAUUAUUACUAGACAUUUUGAAUUCGUGUCCUGCUUUUUUUUUUUUUUACACAUUAAAUCUUAAAUGAAUUCGUCCGGAUAAAACUGGAUCAAUAAAUAAAACAACAGAUUCUGGAUCAUCCGGCUCCGGCUGAUGUGAUCCACCAUCCACCCGCAGCUCGCUGAGAAGGAGAAUAAUCAGAAUUAUUAUUACUGAACCAGAAGAAAGACGGAGACAUAAGGUGGUCUGAAGCGGACUGUGCGGGACGGAGCUGGACUGACUGACUCCUCUGUUUCUGACUGGUUUGUAGCUGGUUGUUGGACCUCUGAGAGGAGGAGAACACAAGGCAGAUUUUAGGACUAAAAUAAGAUAAAACUGAGUCUUUAAAGACAUAAAAAGCUGCAAGAUUAAAGGGUAAAGAUAAGACUGAGGUUACUAUUACAACCAGAGCUGACUCCAUCUCUGACUGGUUUGUUACUGGUUUUUAACUGGUAUCCACUGCUUGUUGGGACUCUAGGUGGGCAUAGAGAAAACAGAGCUCCUAAAAGGACAAAAAAAGUUGCCAAAUUAAAGGGAGGAGACUGAAAUUACUUCUGCAACUAGUGCUGGCUGCUGCUUUACUGAGUGGUUUGUUGCUGGUUUUGAACUGGUAGGCCGAUCUGACUGGUUUUGGGACACUCAGAGGAAGCGAAGAAGAAGAGACUUCAGCCUUUACAGGAACUAAAAACUGCAAAAUUAAAACAAAAAGGGAGACUGAAAUUACUACUGCAACCAGUGCGGACUGCUACUUUACUGACUGGUUUUUUUUUACUGGUUUGGGGGAAACUGAGAAGUAACUGUGGGGUAAGACCAGAUUUUAGGGGACAGAAACAAGAGAAACGGGACAAAAACCUGCAGGAAUUACAGGGAACCCAGAGUGAGACGUGGACUGACAUUUUGACCCCUGACUGACUGGUUCCUGACUUUUUUUUUUUAACUGGUUCCUGACUGGUUUGUGGACUGUGAGUGAUGGAGAAGCAGGCCCUGCCAGCCUCCUCCUGCUCUCUGGUCCUCCUGGAGGAGACCAAGAAGAACCCCCUCCUCCUGACUAACGGCGGCGGUGGUUACCCCCCCGCGGCCGCUAACGGCAGCCUCGUCCCGCUGACGGCAGCGGUGGCGGGGUCCGGCGGCGGCGUCGUGGUGGGCGGUGCUUGUGCCGGACCGGACAAGAAAGUGGGCGUGGUGACGGGGGCGGGGCCAGCUUACCAGGAACGGGAGACGUGGACGCGGCAGAUGGACUUCAUCAUGUCCUGCGUGGGCUUCGCUGUCGGGCUCGGCAACGUGUGGAGGUUCCCCUACCUGUGCUACAAGAAUGGAGGAGGCGUCUUCCUGAUCCCCUACCUGCUGAUCGUCUGUGUCGGAGGAAUCCCCAUCUUCUUCCUGGAGAUCGCUCUCGGACAGUUCAUGAAGGCCGGCAGCAUCAACGUCUGGAACAUCGCGCCGCUGUUUAAAGGUCUGGGCUAUGCCUCCAUGGUGAUUGUGUUUUUCUGUAACACCUACUACAUCAUGGUGUUGGCCUGGGGCUUCUACUACCUAAUCAAGUCUUUUAACGCCACCCUCCCCUGGUCCACCUGUGACAACGAAUGGAACACGCCCAGCUGCAUCGAGAUCUUCCGUCACCAGGACUGCAACAACGGCAGCCUCGCUAACACUACGAUCAGCGGCAACAUGACCUGCGCCGAGCUGGCUAACGCACGAUCACCCGUCAUCGAGUUCUGGGAGAACAAGGUGCUGAACAUCUCUUCUGGUCUGGGUGUAACCGGAGAGUUUAACUGGGAGCUCAUGUUGUGUCUGAUGGCCGUCUGGGUUAUGGUUUAUUUCUGCGUCUGGAAGGGAGUCAAAUCCACUGGAAAGAUUGUGUACUUCACGGCAACCUUCCCCUACGUGGUCCUCAUCAUCCUGCUGGUCAGAGGAGUCACACUUCCUGGAGCCUACGAUGGCAUCAUGUACUACAUCAAACCUGAUUGGUCCAAACUGGAGGAGGCUCAGGUGUGGAUUGACGCUGGGACACAGAUCUUCUUCUCCUAUGCCAUCGGGCUGGGAGCUCUGACCGCUCUGGGCAGCUACAACCGCUUCAACAACGACUGCUACAAAGAUGCCUUCGUCUUGGCUCUAAUAAACAGUGGAACCAGUUUCUUUGCUGGUUUCGUUGUGUUUUCUAUUCUGGGCUUCAUGGCUGCUGAGCAGGGAGUCGACAUCUCACAGGUCGCCGAGUCAGGUCCAGGUCUGGCCUUCAUUGCGUAUCCGAUGGCAGUUAGUCUGAUGCCGGUGGCUCCUCUCUGGGCGGCACUCUUCUUCUUCAUGCUGCUGCUGCUGGGACUGGACAGUCAGUUUGUUGGCGUGGAGGGUUUUGUUACUGGAAUUCUGGAUCUGGAUCUGUUUCCUGGAAAGCACCACCAUCGCUAUAAAAGGGAGAUCGCUGUGGCGAUAUGCUGUUUAUUGUGCUUCAUUAUUGACCUCUCCAUGGUGACGCAGGGAGGGAUGUACGUCUUCCAACUGUUUGACUAUUAUUCGGCCAGUGGAAUGACACUGUUGUGGCAAGCAUUCUGGGAAUGCAUAGUAGUUGCCUGGGUCUACGGUGCUGACCGCUUCAUGGAUGAUGUAGCUCGUAUGAUUGGCUACCGGCCUUUCCCCUGGAUGAAGUGGUGUUGGUCCUUUAUAACUCCAUGUGUUUGCAUGGGCAUCUUUAUGUUCCACCUGGUGAACUACAAGCCGCUGACCUACAACAAUGUGUACGUGUACCCGUGGUGGGGCGAGGUGAUUGGCUGGUGUCUGGCUCUGUCCUCCAUGCUCUGCAUCCCGGUCAGCCUUCUCUACAAACUGUUCCGAGCCAAGGGAACCUUCAAAGAGCGCUGGGCCCACCUGACCACGCCAGUGUGGGGGCCCCAUCACCUGGAGUACAUGGCCCCCGACAUCAAGUCCCUGACCUCGCUGUCCCCUGGCACUGAUGACAACAAGGUCAUCAUCUUUGAGAGUGUCAUGUAGGCUGGACUCCACCAAUCACAGCACUCCAUCUCCAUCCAUCCCACCUGUGACAAGAUGGCCGACUCCUCACCACCACACACCUGACCUCGGACUGGACUCUUGAAAUUCUCCACGCCUGUAAAGGAACAAGGGAGUAAGAGAAUGAAUCAGCUCCUCCAGGAGGGUUUUUAUAAUCACGGCAACAACAAAUGCUUCCCUUGUUCCCAGAUUACAACCAAACGUGUGAUUAAAACCAGCAGAUCACUGGGUUCUUUAUCUGUAAAGGGCUUCGACUCCUCUAGUUCUCAAUGAAGAAGAUGGAAAUAUUAUUCCCCUUGACUAUUUAAAAGGACAAAAUGCAGACAUUUUUCACAAAAAACCCUGGAGGGGCUGAAGAAGGCUGGAAAGAUUUCUUCCUGAUGAAAUGCUGCUGAACGUCUCCCGUCAAGUUGGAGGUUGGACUUCCUCUAUGUGGGAUGAAGGGUAUCAGUGCAAUCUUGUCUUUGGUGGGGUGGGGGGGGUUGGACAUGCAAACAUACAUGAUAAACAGCCAUCACACACACACACAGAGUCUGAACUUGUGGGUAAAAAUCUGAACUUAAACCUUUGACACUUUAAUGGGCUGUGUAUGUGUAAUGGCUGUUUAUUAAGACAGAGUUUUAGACAGACAGACUGACUGACCCCCAACAAAUUACCAGAGGUCUUUGCGACGUAACAGGACUUAAAAAUGUCAGAAUUAUCUGCGCUUCAGUCCUGUGGUCAAACAUAAGAAAAGACGUAAGGUGGCCUCCCAUCAAUGAGUUGAAUUCCUGGAAUUAGCACCGUCCGUUUAUUUGUGAAGGCACUUGGAAAAGGAAAGGUUUCCAUGUCCGAGUGUCUUUUGCAAGUUUUCGGGAGUUCUGCGAUCCUGGAACGACCCCUGAACACUGAAUGUACGCUAAUAAAGAGCGCCGCUGCUUUUUGUGUGGCUUUUCUUACCGCACGACAGAGUUUGGCAGCAGGACUGAAGUGUAAAAGCAGCUCCUGUUACAGAGCAACCAGCGGUCCGUGAACGCACCGCGCUGCCAGGAAGCCGAACUGAGCUCAGUGAGUCCUGAAUGCCUCGUCAGGCCGUCCUGAGUUGAACUAGCCUCGACUCUGUCUUUGAUCCUGUUUGUGAGCACUUUAUGUGACACUUUGAUUGUUGAAGCCUGUUAUUGAUCUAAAUUCUAAAACCCGAUCAGGACCGAAGUGGGUGUGAAACUGAAGCCGUCGUCUCGAUGUUUCGGUUGUUUGAACAUAUCAGCUCGUUUCCUUCCAGCUCUGAAGCUAAAUACUGUGAAUCACCAGCUCCUACUACUGAUCCCAGAACAGCCCUGACUCCUGAAGCAGCGCGUGGUUCCCUGACCGCUGACCUCCGAUCUGUUUCGACAGUCACACCGAGGCUUGAUUUACUCAGGCAACGAUAGAUCUGACGUCAGAAGGAAGGUUCCAGUGAGAAUUCAGUCACGAUAGUAACGAGCACGUCUGCUCCGUCACCGAGAGGAAGCCGCAGUCAGGACACCAAGGUCCAACUUACUUGUUAUUCCUGAAGCUUUCAACCACAACUCAUGGGCUUCCUCAGCGAAAUCCGCUCCACUCUUCAAGCUCAAGUCCAGUUUGCUGUUUUCUGUGAAUGCAAACAAGUAGAAAUUGAAUGGUUGCCAAAACAAUCUCAACUCAAGGUCCACUUACUUGUUAGACCCGGAGCUUUCAAGAAAAUAAACCAGCAACGAUUUUGAUAAUUUAUUAAGUACAAAUGCCAAACAUGACCUGGCUCCAGCUUCUUAAUUAUGUGUCCUUAUGUGAUAAUAAGCUGAAUAUCUCUGGACUAUUUUCUGACAUUGAUUAAUAGAGAAAAUAUCUGGCAUAUUAAUCGUUGUGAAAAAUAAUCAUUAGUUGUAGCCAAGACUGGAUUGGCAGCUGCCUCGGGGUCAGUUUGCGUCAGUGGUUGUACAUUAUUUGGUUAAUUGCAAAGUUUAAGAACAGUAUUGACUAAAACAGCUCCUGAAUUAUUCAUCUCAAACAUGUCCCCCCCCCCCAUCACAUGGUCUGAUGUCACGCCUUAAUUACCAGUUACAGUUUCUGUGGUGACGUUAGGCUCCUCCUCCUGUCAAUCACAUCCCCGUCAUGCGACCAAUCACAGACUGAUUCAGGAGUUCCAGUCUGUGAACACAAACAGAAAAAGUCCGAUUUGACACAGUUAAGAAUAAAACUGCUGCUCAGAGCUUGAACAUUUCCUCUGAACAACAUCGACGGCGACUGAAAUCACACUGGAUCUGACCUUUAACCCCUUUCAUGUUCUGUAUCUGUGUGUGAGAAUCAGGUCAAAGGUCGGGCUUCAUCCCCGGGUCGACCGAAGUGCCAAACGGAGCGAUACUCGCCCUGCAGGGCUGAUCCCAGACCAGGGCUCCAGGCUGCCAAUAUCAACCUGUUCACUCUUCUUCUUCUCUGCCUCGUUUCAUCGGUCUCAUUAACGCUGAGGUCCGUCCACCAAACGUCACGCUCUCCUCCUGAACAGCUGAAGGCGGUCGAUGCCGAUAGUUUUUAUCUAUCUGGUUUCCUGGGCUGGAAUAAAGUCUAAUUACAGGCCCUGAAACCUGCUGGCUCUGCCCAUCACUGUUUGUUUUGGACUUGAACUCAAUUUGUAUGUAGCUGAUUAAGAAAUGCAGCACUAUGGAUGACGAACGCAUCAAUAACACAUCCUCGAUUCGGUUUGCUACAUGCAUGAUGACCGUUCACGUCAGCAUGUACGUCACAAACGUUUGCAGCCUUUUCCAAACUUUUCUGUGCAAGAAAAUCCAGAUUCUGUCCGGACGUCAUCACAAAACUGAGCCACUGAAGCUCCUCUAAGCAGAUAUUUAAAUGUUUGAGUCUUAAUGUUAAAACAACAAUUGGUUGAUAUACUGUAAUCGGAUUUUAUAAACUCUCAAAUACAGAUGUUGGUAUCAGCCUCAAAAUCCAGUAUGAGCCUGAGAAACGCCAAAAUUUAAAUUUAUUUGGAAGAAGAAGCAGCUGAGAUGAGUUUAUCUGUAUUUACCAGUCAGAUCAGCUGGUGGAGAGAUGAGAGCCGGAGGACUCAGCUUGAUGCCAAGCGUUGCCUUACGUCGUUGUCUUAACUCUAGAGCCCAUACGGUUGACUAGCCAAACCCAGAGCCCUACAGGACGUCCUGUGUACGGCUCUGGUUUAUAUCCCACCGAUCAGCAGUCUGCGGGGGCGUGUCUACAACUCUGUCUCCUAGCAACCACUCACCAUCCACCUAUCAUGUGGAAACACAAUGAUUAGAAUGUAAGAUAGAGUAAAACUACAUACAUUUGCACAUUGUUGUAAAAUAAUGUUGCUAGCACUUUUAAAAAGAAUCGUGUUAGAAAUCGUUUUUGUUUUACAUAUUGUAAAAUGAAUCAGAGAUUUAUUUUGUGGAGGCUUAUUUUGCUGAUACAUACAGUAUGACAGAUAUACAUAUAUUGAAUAUCUUUGUGUGUUAUCUAUAUUUGAUGCAGUAUGUAAAUGUGAUGAUGAUAAUUUCUGGCUGAUUGUUCACGUUUAGCCGGCGAACACAAGCAACGCGCCGCACGAAGCGACCAACUAGAGCUUCAGGCUACCUCACUUCUCAUUCAGACUUUCAAAACAAACUUCUUUUAGCUUUUUAUGCAAACGUCAGCAGCAGGAGGGGAUUAUGGGAAGUGUUUCUGGAAGCAUUUCCCUCCUCCGCCUGUUUCAUGUUGCAGCUUUAAAGGUUCUCCAACACCAAUGAAAAUAUGAUAAACUGAAGAUCUGACAUGCAGGAUGCUAAUUUUAUGCUGUGAAUUAAAAAAAAAAAACAAACAAACUGGCACCCGACUGCAGAAACUUCUCAGAAAAAUUAAACCAAAACUGUAAAACUGGGACGUUUUUUGGACAUAAGAGUGUCACAUUUUGUGGCUCUACAUCCAUCGAUCCAUUGAAACUGUAUUAUAUUAACAUACGUUGGUGCUGUGAGGCCUUUAAGUGAUGUCUGACCGGCUAAUGUGAACAAGCAGCGAGGGGCGGGGCUUUUAUUUUGGCGGGUUUGCUGCGAUGCAGUGAUGUUAAGGCUGUCGAGGCUUCGUGUGGCUCUGAACACACCACGAAAGGGAAUCUUUUUUUUUUCUUCUUUACUUUUUUGAUUUCUGAUUUUCAAAGUGCUCAAGUGUUUUAAGAGUUUUAGCUUUAGAUGAUUUUAGCUUUUUUCUCUCUGUGUGUUUUACUGAAUCAGUGUUUUUCCCUUAGACCCCCCCACGGCUCAGAUUCUCACAUUAUUAUUUCCAAGCAGAAAGAAGAGUUUGAUCUGCUCGUCUCAUUUGAUAAAAUUAAUUUCCACAUAUUCUACAUUAUGGGUGAAAUCACUUCUUAACGUAAAUUUAAGUGAAGACAAAAAAAACAUUUUAAAGGCUGAAUAACUGCCGACUGCGACUUUAAAAUAAUAAGAACGUUCUUAGUUUGUGAUGACGGCUGAGAAGCUACAGUGAUGCUCAUACCAUGUGAACAGCAUGCAGUAGAACAGCUACCUCGACAAGGUGAGUGGGUCCACCUGGACAGACACCUGCGGUGAAUAUACCAACACUACAGCAGAGAAAACAACUACAUAUCCCAGCAGUCAGUGGGAGCUUCCAGACACCAAUCACAUCCGGAACACCUUGUUAGCAUAUAUGGUAAAUCAGUUAAUAUGAGACAUGACCAUAAACAAUGGUGAUUUCAAACAGCAACAAAAUAAAAACUGAGUUCGAUUUAAUUCAAACAAAAACAAAAGUGAGAACCAAAACAGGCCAAACUGAACCCUGUUUCCCAGCCAAUCAGAGGCUCUGCUGGCUCACUGAAGGACCAGGCCAGCCAAUCACUCACCAGGAUAUCUACCACCACUCCGUUUGAGCUCAUCGUGCGUUCAGGUCACAGAGUUAUCGCGAUUACCAGUUUCUGAGUCGUAAUCGCAACUGGGAAACUUUUAUCAAAACUCUGAUGAAUCUGAAACAAACAUGGACGCCUCACGCCAGCCACGGUAAUUAAACCCUAAUUCAACGGAUAUAACGUUCAGUAUUUUAACCCUCACACGACCAACUGUGAUGAAGUUAACGUCGUAAACAUGAAAAUCUUUCCCACAUGAAAUAUUACUCUCUGCUUCUGGGUUUUGGAUGAUUUUCUGUCUGAAAUGAAACUGAACUUUUGGACCGUUGGUCAGACUGAAACAUCAGUUUGAAGAAUCACUUUAAAUUAGGAACUAAAGACGGACUUUGACAGUUAACUGGUUAAACAAAGACUAAAUAAUGAUGGAAACACUCAUUAGCUGCAGCGCUACAGUGGAGUUGAUGCUGAUUGGCUGGUCUGGAGGUUCAGUGUGAGAUCACAAACGAUGGAUUUAAACGGAGAUUAUUAUUCCAGCACUGAUGAUUAAAACUAGCGAGAUUAGAGAUGAAAUAUUGUUGUAGAGGUCACAUGUGACUCAAGUGCCACUGAUAACCGACUAAUAAAACUAACCUGACGCAGUUAUUUUAUAGAAACUCUAAUCAAACUGACAUUUUAAACAGAGUGUAUUUUAUUUUUAAAGUUGCAUCAUUACUGUUUUUUAAAUGUCUCAUCUCUGAACUGGAGCCUGGGGGGGUCGGGUCGGGAGGGGGAGUUAAAAUCUGCAGCCAUUUAAGACAAAAGAAAAUCUGACAAAAUGAAAAUGUACAUUACCAAAAUCUGAUGUUGUUUCAUGUCAUUUUGUCUUUACGCUUGUCAGCCAAAAAAAAAAAAAAACUUGUCGUGACAGAAUCUUUGAUCCGAAACUGUAAAGCGCCGGACUGACGGACGCAGAGCGGAACAAAAACAACAGCGUGCUGUUCAGUCUGCAGGUGCUGGAAAUCGUCACUCACUGCUGUAAAACACUGUACAGAAUCUGUCUGCCCAGGUUUGGAUCAUCGAUUCUGUCCAACGAACUUCCCCGUCAGCUGGUUUCCUUCAGCAGAGAGCGCCUGUUUCCCCAUAAACCAUCUGAAGUCCGUUUCCCCAAAACCUCCAGCUGUUCUCAGACCAGCACAGCCUGGAUUUCACUCACAGCUGAGCUUUUUAAGUUUGGGAGUUUUUAAAUAAUUGAAAUUCAUUUUACUGUAGAUGAUGAUUAUUUUUUUUUUUAGAUAUUUUUGAAAAAAUACUGUCGAGGAUUUUAUAGCCAAAAACAUUGCCAAAGUGUUUUUUAACCUCCAAAAACAAAAGACAACUACGGAAGUUUAAAGGGAAAAAGAUUUUUGUUAGUUUGUUUUUUCCUUUUCUUGACACAGCUGGCUGGUUUUACGACAUGUCACUGGUGCUCCUGAAAAACUAAAUCUUUCAUCAUGAUAUCAAAUAACUUUCUUACCUUCAAGUUUUUUGGGAAGCUGACCUGAGGUCGGAUGUUGUAGCAGUGGAACCAGCAGGGGGCGCUCUCCUCCAGUGGGAAACCCCGUCGUGUUUAGGCUGGAAACAAAGACCGAGUCCCGGCAGCUUUCAGCGUACAGAGCUGGAUGACGAGAGAGAGAGAGAACACAUCACUGCAGGUUUCUUUUAACAAAAACAUCAGAGUUCAUCAGAACUACAACGUACAUGAAAUAAACUACAGCUGUUAUAUUAAGAGAUUCGUGUUGAGCUAAAAUAAGUAGAUGAAAAAUUAGGUUAUGAUCGAAUAAAAACUCUCACAAGCAUCUCAUAACUAGGACUUAGUGAGUCAAAACUGACCUCUGAAUCACUACAUUUCCGAUUGUUUCAGUGACUCACAGAGGUCUGGUGUUGUGCUCAUUAACGGCUGUUUCCUCAAGUGGAAAAAACAAUCGUCCAAUCAGAGUAAUUUUCCUGUGACAGAGCCAGAAAAAUGGCAACCAAAAAAAAAAAGACUGAAAAAAUGUGGAUCAGAUGGUUGCAGUUGUUUUCAUUAAAAACGGCUCUUAAAUAACAUCUAAUGGAAAGUACAACAUCAUCCGCAAACGUGUCGUCCACAGUCAGAAACCUCCCUCCUUCUCAGAGUGCUAACUCAGUCAGAUCUGAACUCUCAGACAUGAAACACAUAUUGAAUCGUUCAGUGUGACUCACUCUUCCAGAUGAGAUCAUUAUCUCUGACGUCCGUCCAAGAAUAAUCCUCCAGAAAUCCACUGAGACACCAGAGAAGAAAGCGGCUGCAGAACCUGCCUGAGAAUCCUGCUGUUUCUAAGUUUCCUUCAGUCUCACAGUGAUCCAGAGACAGCUGUCUGUCCGUCCACGGGUCCACUGCAGACAGGAGCUGCUGACUGCUGGUUCGGCUGCUCUGAUGGGACAGUUUGACUGAAUGUGAACACAUACAGGCUUAAUGUGUUUUUACAUCAGGAUUUUCAGUCUGGCAGUAAGAAACAUCUUACGAAACUGAAUAUGUAAGACUAGAUUAAUCUAUUCCACAUUUUCCAACAACUAAUAUCUCAUACAGAGAGUUUUUAUUUUUAUCAUUUCAUCUAUUUACUUCCUGUUCAGGCUGUCUGAGCUUCCAGAAAGACAAAUAACUGACGUUUAGAUAUGAAGAUAUAUCUUCUCUCACUUUGGUGCUGAAAUUCGCACAAUUUCAGUCCUGUCUGUGUUUGCAGCCCAAACUGAGCUACAUGGUGACAUCAUUCAUCCCAGCGUCAGCCAUUUUAUUGUAAAUGCGUCUCUGUGACUUCCUGUAAACCGCUAGUCUUCCAUCCAGAACAGUAGAUUAGACAAUCGAUUAGGUGAUAAGUAGCUUAAUUAAUUAAUAGCUGUGUUAACAAUAGUAACGACACUCUGGGCUCGACGUUAACUCGCCGAGUUGAUGAUGAGUUACCUUUGAGCCCUGAUGAUGCCACCUGUUUCAAUGACCUUUGACCCCUGUGAGGGUCUCCAUACUGUAAGCCACUGUGAUCACUGUGCUCAUUCACCAACUAAACCAACGGCAAUAAAACUAACGUCAUGACAAACA